CCCCCUAUUUUUUUACUUCCCAUUUCUGAUCUUCAUUUUCCGCACGUCUUAAAGCUUAUUCUCGUCAUCAUAAUCAUUCAAAAGCGCAAAGGAGGAGACAGCCAAACAAACCCAUUUUCUCUCUUCUUCCUUCAGAUCUAUCAAAUUUCAAGCUCUUAAAAGAUGGCAGAUGCCGAGGAUAUUCAGCCCCUCGUCUGCGAUAAUGGAACUGGAAUGGUUAAGGCAGGAUUUGCUGGAGAUGAUGCACCAAGGGCUGUGUUCCCAAGUAUUGUUGGUCGUCCCCGUCACACCGGUGUGAUGGUGGGAAUGGGUCAGAAAGAUGCUUAUGUUGGUGAUGAGGCUCAAUCCAAGCGUGGUAUCUUAACUUUGAAAUAUCCAAUUGAACAUGGUAUUGUUAGCAAUUGGGAUGAUAUGGAGAAGAUUUGGCAUCAUACUUUUUACAAUGAGCUUCGUGUUGCACCAGAAGAACACCCAGUUCUUCUAACUGAAGCACCUCUUAACCCGAAGGCUAAUCGUGAAAAGAUGACCCAAAUCAUGUUUGAGACCUUCAAUGCUCCUGCUAUGUAUGUUGCUAUCCAGGCCGUUCUUUCACUUUAUGCCAGUGGUCGUACUACUGGUAUUGUUAUGGACUCUGGUGAUGGUGUGAGCCACACAGUUCCCAUCUAUGAAGGUUAUGCACUCCCACAUGCUAUCCUGCGUCUAGACCUGGCAGGUCGUGACCUCACUGAUGCCUUAAUGAAGAUCCUGACCGAGCGUGGGUACUCUUUCACAACCACUGCCGAAAGGGAAAUUGUCAGGGACGUGAAGGAGAAAUUGGCUUACAUUGCCUUGGACUAUGAGCAGGAGUUGGAGACUUCCAAAGCCGGAUCCUCCAUUGAGAAGAGCUACGAGUUGCCUGAUGGUCAGGUAAUCACCAUUGGAUCUGAGCGUUUCAGAUGCCCAGAAGUCCUUUUCCAACCAUCAAUGAUUGGAAUGGAAGCUGCUGGAAUUCAUGAGACUACCUACAACUCAAUCAUGAAGUGUGACGUCGAUAUUAGGAAGGAUCUGUACGGCAAUAUUGUUCUCAGUGGUGGUACCACUAUGUUCCCUGGUAUUGCUGACAGGAUGAGCAAGGAGAUUACAGCCCUCGCCCCAAGCAGCAUGAAGAUUAAAGUGGUAGCUCCACCUGAGCGAAAGUACAGUGUCUGGAUUGGAGGCUCCAUCUUAGCAUCUCUCAGCACUUUCCAGCAGAUGUGGAUUGCCAAGGCAGAAUACGAUGAAUCUGGACCAUCAAUUGUGCACAGGAAGUGCUUCUAAUCAACACAAUUGAGAAAGGACAAAUCAUAUUAACAUCAUGCAGAUAAAUGUGUAUCGAAAAAUCGUGGGCAUCCAUCUCUGCGUGCGAAUUGAAGAGGUGAAUGAAGAAGCGUACUUUAUAUUUAUUUCCAAGAAGUGAAAAUGCAGUUAGCUGUAUAUUGUUCUUCCGUUUUAUCUUUCUUUCUUUCUUUCUACCUAUAUGUUGUUUGGUUUUGGUUUCAAUUUAUGUUGUUUUUUCGCGCUUUGAAUCAACUGUUUUUGGACAAUGACCAUUAAAAUUCCAAUUCAUUCAUUAUUUUUUUUUUCUUCUUAAUCUUGUUUUCAAACUUUAUGGAAUUACAUGUAUGUGCAUUCUCACUUUCCAGCAUAAAAUUGAUGAAUACUGCCUUUGUUCUUUGA